AAUCCGGGUCUGUUUUUUCCUGUUGAGCAGCAGAAGCAGCAGCGGCAGCACAGUGAAGAGGUCCCUCACAUGACUGCAGGGAUAUGGAGGCGGUUUUCCUCAUGCCCUGAGUUUGAUUAAACUAAAAUCACAUCAUAUUUUCGGCGCUACGUGGUGCCACGCAGACUGAGGUGUUUGCCUUCUCAGGACAGCCAUGGAGAGAUUAGAGGCUACAUCACAGCUCCAGUCACGGCUUUCAUCACUGUCUUUCUCAUCUUUCCCCGGAGUAACAGCCAAACACUGCGACAACACGCCACCGGACAGGCUGCAGAAUACAAAUCUUUCAGAGAGCUUUACUCAGUCCAAAGACAGUAUGGAUGACACCAAGGAGGAUUCAGGACGUCUUUCUGAGGGUAAUGAAGAGGCCCCUGCUGAGCUGGCCCUGGGGGAAGGAGGCGAGGAGAACAGCAGUGCAGGGAGCUGUCAGCUCUCCGCCGAGAUGAAAGCCCAGAUGCCGCCCCUGAACCCCCCGACAACUUGGACAUCUGCUGCUGUGAAGGAGUUAAAGGCGAAGCUCCGAACAGAGAAGGACAGCAUGGUGACCGUGUACCGAGGCGACAUCAUGACGGUCCACGUGCCCACCGUGCCCGAAGCCAAUAAAGUGUGCUGGGAGUUUGCCACAGACGGCUACGACAUUGGCUUCGGUAUCUAUUUUGACUGGACUCCCGUGACGAGCCGGUCCAUCACGGUGCAUAUCAGCGAGUCGAGCGAUGACGAGGAUGAAGAGGAGGAGCUUGAAGGGCCCGUCGGCAACGGGGACGUCGAGAAGGGCUCCAAAACUCACACCAACUCCAACUUGUCUGAAAUCCUCCCCGUGUACCGCCAGGACAGCCACCUGUCCGUGCAGGGGGGGAGCCACGAAUUUCCAGGUGAAGGCACUUAUCUCCUGAAGUUUGACAACUCCUACUCCCUUUGGCGAAAUAAAACACUUUACUACAGGGUUUAUUACAGUGCCUGAGAUGCCAAUUUAUCGCUUAUGAAUGUACAAUUUACUGAAGAACAAUGAACUAUUUUUGAUUCCACACUUGUCGGGGGAGGGAUGGGGGGGAGACAUAAUUGAAAUUCUAAAAUAAAAUAGAAAAAAAAUAUAUAUAUAUAGGGAUAUCUAUUUUUUAGCACCGUCCGCUUGUGUUGUCUCUUGUUGAAUUUAAGUUUGUAAUCCCACAGAUUUCAAACGCUUCAGUGUCUUGCUAACAUGUGUUUGAAGAAGCCUUGCAUAUGUGCCAUUUUCCCCAUGUGUGCACCGUGCUAUUUGGUCAAGUGCCCAUCAUAAAAUCUCUAUUGUCUUCACCUGUAACAGAUCUAUGGUAGCAGUGAUCAGGGAAAACCUGCACGGGUAUAACUGUGUUAAAUCAGCUAUGAUCUAAAGAAAGAAGUUUUGUUUUGUGUGCGUGUGUGUGUGUGUGUGUGUGUGAGCUUGUGCACCUUUUUUUUCUUAUUAUUCUUAUUGCUUUGUCUUUGUUACCAACCUAACUUAUUUUUUUCUUCUCUGUAUUGAUCCUAAUCAUGUGAGAUUUCAGAUUAUGUAAAUUCAGAGUAUGGCGAUGUCUGCUGUCACAGUGGUGUGUUGGUUUGAAAAAAAUAUAUAUAUAUAAAUAUAUAUAUGUAUAUACAUAUAUAAAGUCGAAUGUACUGAAGCAAGUGGUAAUCAGACUGUGCUUUUUAUGACACAAUUAAAAGCCAUCCCUUAUCACAUGAAGCUCUCGUUAUGUAAUAAGAAAAUCAAUAUUUACAUUUGACUUGCACACUUUCAUUAUGUUUGGAGGUAGAUUAUUUUUUGUGCACAAGUCUAUCUAAGAAGUAUGUUACUGUUUUGUUUUUGGUCUUUUUAAAAAAAAAUGAUUAUCUUUCUUUCCUCAUUUCAAUCACUCUUUGUGCAUCUUCCAAAGAUUUCACAGAUCUGGCUGCUGAUGUUGUAUACAGCAUACUGUAAAGCAACUGAUACUGUUACUGUACUAAACCCUCACUGUAAGUUAUGCUGAUGGCAUCAAAUCCUGAAAUUUCUAAUUCCUCAAUAAACAGACCAUUGUCUCA